GCCCCUCCCGGCCCCCCCAGAGCACCAGCAGCCAUUUCAUCUCCACCACCAAGUAGGCGCAAAAAAUGGCAGAAAUGGAGAAAGAAGGGAGACCUCCCGAAAAUAAAAGGAGCAGGAAGCCGGCUCACCCGGUGAAGCGGGAGAUCAACGAGGAGAUGAAGAACUUUGCAGAAAACACUAUGAAUGAGCUCCUUGGCUGGUAUGGUUAUGAUAAGGUUGAAUUGAAAGAUGGAGAAGAUAUUGAAUUCAGGAACUACUCGGCAGAUGGGGAAAGCCGCCAGCACAUUUCUGUUCUCAAAGAAAAUUCUUUGCCAAAACCAAAAUUACCUGAGGACAGUGUUAUUUCACCAUACAAUAUAAACCCAAGCUACCCAGGGCUUGCCACAGGAAAUGGACUUUCAGACUCACCAGCAGGGUCGAAGGAUCACGGGAAUGUACCUAUUAUUGUCCCAUUAAUUCCACCACCUUUCAUAAAGCCACCAGCAGAAGAUGAUGUGUCAAAUGUACAAAUAAUGUGUGCCUGGUGCCAGAAAGUUGGAAUCAAGCGCUAUUCCCUGAGUAUGGGAAGUGAAGUGAAAUGCUUCUGCAGCGAGAAGUGCUUUGCAGCUUGCCGAAGAGCAUAUUUCAAGAGAAACAAGGCUAGAGAUGAAGAUGGACAUGCUGAAAAUUUUCCCCAGCAGCACUAUGCUAAGGAAACUCCAAGACUUGCCUUCAAGAAUAACUGCGAACUACUUGUAUGUGACUGGUGUAAGCACAUAAGACACACAAAAGAGUAUCUGGAUUUUGGGGACGGGGAAAGAAGGCUUCAGUUCUGCAGUGCAAAAUGUCUCAAUCAGUACAAAAUGGACAUUUUCUACAAAGAGACACAGGCCAAUCUUCCAGCUGGACUGUGCAGUACAUUACAUCCUCCAGUCGAAAAUAAAGCAGAAGGCACUGGGGUGCAGCUGCUGACUCCAGAUUCUUGGAAUAUACCGCUAGCAGAUGCUCGGAGAAAAGCCCCAUCCCCAGCGUCUGCAGCUGGCCAAAUUCAAGGUCCUGGACCAUCAGUGUCUACCACUGCCUCUCCGUCUGACACUGCCAACUGCUCUGUCACUAAAAUCCCCACGCCAGUUCCCAAACCUAUUCCCAUCAGUGAGAAUCCAAAUAUUCCACCAGUUUCUGUCCAGCCACCUGCUAGCAUUGUGCCUCCAAUUGGUGUCCCACCUCGUAGUCCUCCCAUGGUGAUGACAAACCGUGGGCCAGUUCCUCUGCCCAUAUUCAUGGAACAGCAAAUUAUGCAGCAAAUCCGUCCACCAUUUAUUCGUGGGCCGCCUCACCAUGCCUCAAAUCCUAAUAGCCCUCUGUCAAAUCCGAUGAUUCCUGGAAUCGGUCCCCCACCAGGUGGUCCUAGAAAUAUGGGUCCCACCUCUAGCCCCAUGCACAGGCCGAUGCUUUCCCCUCAUAUCCAUCCCCCCACAACACCUACCAUGCCUGGGAAUCCUCCAGGCUUGUUGCCGCCUCCCCCUCCCGGAGCUCCUUUGCCCAGUCUUCCCUUUCCCCCUGUCAGCAUGAUGCCAAAUGGUCCUAUGCCUAUGCCACAGAUGAUGAACUUUGGAUUGCCAUCCCUUGCCCCGCUGGUGCCACCCCCGACUCUACUAGUGCCAUAUCCUGUCAUUGUCCCUUUGCCCGUCCCCAUUCCCAUCCCCAUUCCCAUCCCUCACAUCAACGACUCCAAACCCCCCAAUGGCUUCUCCAGCAAUGGCGAAAGCUUCAUUCCGAGCACCUCCAGCGAGACGUCUGGGGCAAAGCCAACCAAUAGCUCUUCAUCCCCUCGAGAGUCGAAGCAAGGAUCGUCUAAAUCCUCUGACUCGUCACCGAGCUGCUCAGGCCAGUCCCUAAAUCAAGCUCAAGUGCUUCAGGAGCACAGUAAAAAUGAAGUUGUUGACUUGACUGUCAGACCUAGUAGUCCAGUGAACAGUAAAUUUGGUUUCCCCAGCGUGCUACAGGGUCCACAGGACGGUGUGAUAGACCUAACAGUAGGCCACCGGUCUAGGCUGCACAAUGUUAUCCACAGGGCUUUACACGCCCAAGUGAAAGUUGAACGUGAACCUAACAGUGUUGUAAAUUUGGCUUUUGGUAGCUCAGACAAAAGGAACUGCAGCGACUGCAGGGACAACUGCAGCCCAGUUGACUCAAAAACGUUACCGUGCAGUGACGGAGCUCACUGCUGUCCUGUCUCCUUGGCCUCCGGCACGCCGGGACUGGAAGCUGGUGCAGCGGUGUGCAACGUCAUUGUGAAUGGCACGAAGAGCACGGAGGGUUCCAAGAACCCAGAGCCGCCCCAGGAGCCGAAAAAGCCCCAGCCCCCGGAGGAGCUGGCGGUGAGCGAGCUGGAGUCUGUUAAGGAGAACAACUGCGCAUCAAACUGCCACCUCGAGGGAGAGGCUGGCAAGAAGACGGGGGAAGAGCCCCUUGCUGGGGGAGACAAACAGGACCCGAACCUUAACAAUCCAGCAGACGAGGACCAUGCAUAUGCUUUGCGGAUGCUGCCCAAGACAGGUUGCGUGAUCCAGCCUGUGCCAAAACCAGCAGAAAAGACUGCUAUCGCGCCGUGCAUUAUCUCAACGCCAAUACUCAGCACAGGGCCAGAGGAUCUGGAGCCACCAUUGAAAAGGAGGUGUCUCCGAAUUCGAAAUCAGAAUAAGUAAAGGAACGCUCACCGACAGGGUACCUUGCAUGGAGAAAGGGAGCAGAGCAAACCA